GGCGUGGAGCGAAGUGAGCGCCUCUCCCCUCCCACCGGCUCUAACCUCCUGGAUCGGGCUGCGGAGCCCCGGCGGGUUUUUAGCAUCAUGGAGUCCCGUUAUGCGCUGCUCCUUUGCUGCCUCUUGCUCCCGGUGUGCGCCUCGCACCCCCUGGAGCCCUUCGACUCCCUCUUCGACACGGCGGUGGAGGCCUACUACAAGGGGGACUGGCUCACGGUGAUCCUGAACAUGGAGAAGGCGCUGCGCAACAAAGCGACGGUCCGCAGCGUGAAGGCUCAGUGCCGGCUGGGCUGCGCCAACCAGACCGCCUUCGGUGAUCGCCUGUCCGGCUCGGGGGGAGCCUCCGUGCCGGGCGCCGGCUCCGUGGAGGACCUGGGCUUCUUCCAGAAGAUCCUCCAGCGGGCCGACUGCGUGAACUCGUGCGAGGCUAAGAAACUGGGGACCCCGACAGUGCACUGGGUCACCGCAGAAGUGGAGCUGGAGUUCAAGAAGAGGACCCCGUACAACUACCUGCAGGUCGCAUAUUUUAAGAUCAAUAAGAUGGACAAGGCAGUAGCAGCUGCCCACACCUUCUUCCUGGCCAACCCGGAUCACAUGGAGAUGAAACAGAACCUGGACUACUACAAGAUGAUGGCCGGAGUGGAGCCGGAGGACUUCAAAGAUUUGGAGGCCCAGCCGCACAUGGCACAGUUCCUGCUGGGGAAGAGCUACUACAGCGACGACUCCUUCGGCCUGGCCGCGGAGCACUUCGAGGCGGCGGUGGACGAGUACUUCACUGCCGACAAGGAGUGCCGAGCGCUGUGCGAGGGCUCCUACAACUACGACGGCUACAACUACAUGGAGUACAGCGCAGACCUCUUCCAGACCAUGACGGACCACUACAUGCAGGUGCUGAACUGUAAGCAGCACUGCGCCGUGGAGCUGGCCUUGACUGCCGGCAAAGACGAGCCCUUCGAGGACUUCCUGGCCUCGCAUUUCAACUACCUGCAGUUCUCCUACUACAACAGUGAGAAGUACGAGCAGGCCAUAGAGUGCGCCCGGACCUUCCUGCUGUUCCACCCCGGGGACGAGGUGAUGAACCAGAACCUGGCUUAUUAUUCCGCCGUGCUGGGCGAGGAGAAGGCGCAGGCCGUCGCGGCCAGACAGGUGGUAAAGCUGUACAUCCAGCAGUCCAUAUUGGAAAAAGAGCUGCUCUACUUUGGAUACGAAGCCUUCGGAAUCACCUUCGUAGAUCCAGACACGUGGACUCCUGAAGAUGUCAUGCCGAAGAAGCUGAGGGACAAGCAGAAGGUUGAAAGAGAGACCACGGCGAGGAUCACGGAGGAGAUAGGAAACCUCAUGAAGGAGAUUGAGACUCUGGUCGAGGAGAAGAAGAAGGAUUCUUCAGAUAUGGCCAUGAUUCUAGCGCCACAGGAAGGCGCUGCGCCGUUGCCCGGCGACAUCAAGGUGACCAUGACGGCCAGUCAGCUGAACGGCUCCCAGCGGGUGCUGCUGGACGGGGUGACCAGCGAGGACGAGUGCAGGGAGCUGCAGCGCCUCUCCAACGCGGCGGCUGUGAAAGGUGACGGCUACAGGGGGCGCCCCUCCCCCCACUCCCCCAGCGAGACGUUCCAGGGCGUCACCGUGCUGAAGGCCGUGAAGCUCGGGCAGGAGGGCACGGUGCCGCUGAAGAGCGCUCGUCUGUUCUUCGACAUCAGCGAGAAGGUGAAGAAGAUGCUGGAGUCGUACUUCGGCCUGGACGCCCCGCUCUACUUCUCCUACUCACACCUGGUGUGUCGCUCCGCCAUCAACGAGAAGCAAGAGGACCGCGAGGACCUGAGUCACCCCGUUCACGUGGACAACUGCCUGCUGGUCUCUGAGCUCAACGAGUGCAUAAAGGAACCUCCUGCGUACACACACAGAGACUACAGUGCCAUCCUUUAUCUGAACGGUGACUUUGAGGGAGGAGAAUUCAUUUUCACUGAGUUGGAUGCUAAAACAGUCACGGCCGAGGUGCGUCCACAGUGCGGUCGCGUGGUCGGCUUCGGAGCGGGGCGGGAAAACCCCCACGGCGUCAGAGCCGUCACCGGGGGCCAGAGGUGCGCCGUGGCGUUGUGGUUCACCCUGGAUCCUGCCCACGAGGAAAAGGAGAGAAUCCAAGCCCAGGAGAUGCUGAAUAUGUUUUCCACCCCAGUGAACGCGGAGUUCAUCAAGACGAAAGAGGUGGGCGGAGCCUCGGAGCCCCCACCGACAACCGCUGAACCUGCCGCGCAGGACCACGCGCCGGCGAGGCAGGAGCCGGAUGCAGUGGCACGCGGCGAGGCCGCUGACCCGGCAAAGGGCCGCGCGGAGGUGGGCGGCGAAACCGCACCAGGCGCCAAAGUCAAAGCUGCUCCGAAAGCCAAGGCCAAGGCGGCGGACAAAGUCAAGCCAGCUGGCAAAAAAACCGGCAAGCAGACGGUUAAAACGCAGUCCAAGCCGGGGGUCAAAAAGGACGCAAAACCGGCGGCAAAGAAGACGGUCAAAGUCGUAACCAAGAAGGACUCCAAAAAGGCCGAAGCCAACGCCGCCUCGGCCUCAGACUCUCAGAGCGGCAAGGAGGAGCUGUGACCAAACAAGCGCCCUGUGAGACUGUGUCCACCUCCCCUCUAGUCUACACCUUUCUGCGGGGGAGGGGGAAGGGGGGGUGUGACAGCGGAGGGAAACGUUGAGUCCAAUGUUCCUGAAAUCAUCACACGACCAUCUGCUGAAGCGCCCGAAUCACUGGAGCUAGCUCCGCCCCCGGCGCCCCAAGCUGCCUGCGUCUGUAUAGAUAGUUCCUGCUUUCAUAUCCGUUUGGGUUCUCCGGUA